AUGAAAUACGGCGAGCAGCUGGAGCGGGAGUCCGUUCCUGAGUGGAGCUUACACAAUGUCGAUUACAACUCCCUGAAGCACGAGAUCAAAGCCCACACAACCCGCGACCAGGCCACAGCUCGCACCAUCCCAGGCCACCAAGACACCUCCCUACGCCGAUUCGAAGACGCCUUGUACAACGAGCUCUGCCGCCAGCACGACCGACUCGACCUCUUUGUCACCAGCAAGGCGGACGAGGUAUCUAGACGACUGGAUCACAUCGACGCCAGCAUCAAGCGGGUUUCCGCCAAGAGCCAACAUCAGUCCGACCUGCCGAGUGUAUCGCUAAGAAAUCAGCGCAAAUUCCUCAAGUACGAGCGCGAAUUGCUACGGUGCAGGGAAGAUACGCAGGCCUUGAUUCGCUUUGUCAAUGCUCAGGUGACUGCGUUUCGCAAGAUUCUCAAGAAAUACAGAAAGUGGACUGGCUCAACCUCAUUAAGCACCAGGUUCAAUGACGAGGUGCUGAGCAACCCCAAAAGCUUCACCCGCCGCGACUUCUCCGACUUACAACGACGACACGACCAAGUCGCCGAGGUGCUUCGCAAUGCCACCCCGGCUCUUAGUGAACCGAGCUCUCCCUCGUCGGUCGAUACGCCCGUGGCCCCUUCGACGAGACGCGACUCGAGCUCACCGCGCGUCACUUUCGACCCUCUCCCACCAUCCUAUCUCGAUCCGCAGACCAAGUAUUGGAACGAGUACGAUGACGGCAGCGAGGCGGGCAAUCCAGAAGACGAUUACGCAAUUUACAUCGACCCCGACCAGGGCUCGAGUUUCCCCGGCUUAAAGUACGCGCAGGCCAUUGUUUCCUUUCCCUUGGAAAAGGCCAAGGAAUGGCUCGGGAAGCCGCGGUCAUCAGAGCGGCAGCCCCUGACGUCGUCUCUUUCGUCUGGUGGCCCGUUCAACCAGGGUUACGGCUCCACGACGGCUGUGCACACCGACUCGGACGAGGACGAGGAGGCCUACGCCAGCUCCGACAACUUCCCCACACAAGGCUACGCCGCGCACUAUGCGCUGCCCAGCGUCCACAACCAGCGUCUGCAUCGCUACCGGGAGCGAGUGCUGUUCUGGGGCACAAUCGGCUGCUUCGGCGCCGCGUUUGUCUUCUUCGGCAUUGCCGGCAUUCUCAUCUCGACGGGCCGGCACAAGCUGCGGGUCGAAGUCGAUGCCGGAGCCACUGUUGGAGCCAUGGUGAGUCUGUUUUGCGCCUGCUCGGGCCUCGGCAUGACGCUGUACCGAGAAGACCGGCUCUCUCUGGCUUACCGCCUGAUUGUCUGGUGUGCUUUCAUCGGCACCUGUCUCCUCAACGGCAUGCUACUCAUCCUCAUCCUGGGCAAUGCGCCGUGA